AUGUAUUGGCCAUUGGCCUGGGCGAUCUUCACCACAAGCAGCCUUAUGAUAUAUGCUAGAUCAAUAACAACACAUGCCGCUCCACUUGACGGUGGAAAGAACCCGCAGAUCUCCCAAUCAAGCCUCGAGACCGUCGAGACGAGCCGUGAGGAACUCGACAAACUCCUCUCGACAGAUUCUAGUGACGGUUUUCGCGGCGAUCCCAUCAAACCAUACGGCGGUAAGGUUCCAAUACAUAGGAAUAGUCUCCUUCGUUCCGAGCAAUUUAGACGGUUGGUCGGCGAUCUACAGACCUGCGGCACGGACCUCCUCCCGUAUGGAUCUGAAGAUUUCCUCGCAAGAUCUACCGAAGUAAAAGGGUCAAGUAUAAGAUCUUGUCGGGAGGCGAUAUUCACCUUCCUCAAAUGGACCAAGGGCGAUAAUCCGUACCUGAAUCUUUCGAACGUCAGUCGUGCACAGUUGAUUAAAAGUGCGUUAGAUGGUGAUUGCGGAUGUGCGUAUCUGCCCAGUUCGGAGCUGACGUUUUCGAGUCUACGCCAUGGACAUGCAAAACGAAACAACAUCGAUUCCAUGGAUGAUCCUCCCGCUCAUGGUCACACACAGUGUAAAGGAUCAUCAAAGAUACCCAGGGCUAACCCACUUGAGAUCCCCGAUGUGCCAACUCCAUCACAUCUACAAGCUUGCGAAGAGAAAAUGUGUAGAAUCGGCGACUUGGACAAAAUAUGUACUCAGCCCAAAUAUCGAAUGACUAUGGCUGAGAUCGGGGUUUGCAAGAUGUGCUACCCCAAAAAUGAGGAGCAGCUGCGACUUUACUGCAUUGUCCGUGAAAAACGGGAGAGGAGGGCCUUUUUUGUGGCGUCUGCGAUGGUAGCCAUAUUCGCGAUCGGCGUAGCGGGGGUAAUCGUUUUUAAUGACUGCGUUCAAAAAAGGGCGAGAGAGGCAUCUAGCAAUAUGGGAGAGGGAAGGAUAUAUCCGCUUCGAUGCUGCGGUCUCUGGGAUUUUCUCAAACGGCCCUGGGCUUCACGGGUUUGCGGAUACUUCAAGCGCGGCAGAGAAACAACAGGUGUCGAGGGAUCUACAUUCAACAGAACAACCGUUACAGAGGAGGCGGUACUUGCUAAAACUUUCGAGGACGGAAACAGCACGAACGCCGAUCAUUCCAACGGGUACGAACUCGAAACUAUCGAUCCCAGGGCCCUGAACAGUUUUCGGAGAGUCGGGACGUAUGGGAAUUGGGCAAUAGGAAGUACAAUUCCUGCUGUGCCUCAAGCCGAGAGACCCAAUAUUCAAAGGCGAUUCGCAACGACGAACGUCUCGUCAGCUUGGAUGUCUUCCAGAGAAAGCUUUGACAUCGAUGAUGUUCCAUCUCCGUCUGCGUGUCCCACAGAACCUAGCUCUUCACUUCAAACUGGCAACGCCCGCAGCGAACGCUGA